AUGGUGAACUAUAGAAUGUAUAGACAAAGGAGAAGGAGGACACCGGCUGAGGAGGUUGCCAACACUGAUGACCUCUUAACAGAAAUCCUCAAACGAUUACCAACAAAAACUCUCUUACAGUACAAACUCGUUUCAAAACAAUGGCUGUCGCUUAUUUCAAGCCCCCAUUUCAGCAUUUCCCACACUCGUUUUCUCCAAAAGGAAGGCUUUCUCAAACCUUCUGCACUAUUCCUUGAUGUCAUCUAUCGACAACCACCUACGAAGUUCAUGUUCCUUCCCUUCAAUAGUGCCACCAAACAACUCCCACUUUUCGAUUUCAUGAAUGCCCCUUAUCUCAAAAUAAUGCAAUCUUGCACUGGUUUGCUUCUUUGCAUUUCAGGUUACGGUAAUCCAAGCUAUUUUAUCUGUAACCCUGUCAUCAAAAAAUUCAAGGCGAUCUCCUUUCCUAGGCAUUUAACAUUGGAUUAUCAGCUUGUUGGUGUAAAUCUUGCUUUUGACCCUCUCAAAUCACCUUAUUAUAAGAUUAUUUCUGUUUGGCAGGAAGCGUUGUUGGAAAAAGAUGAGGAAAACAAUUGCUUACGUUAUAUGUCUUCUAAUUUUUCAAUUGACAUAUACUCAUCUAAAACUGAUUCUUGGAGUGUAUCCAAAAUCAAAUUCACUUCAAAUCGUGACAUAAAAUUUGAUCAUGCUGUUUUGCUUAACGGAUCGAUCUAUUGGGAUAGUACUGAUAGAGAAUCACUGUAUUUUGAUGUCGAGAAGGAAUGUUUGAUGCCAAUGCCAAUGCCAAAGCUAAGAAGGCGUUAUAGCGGGUUUCGAUAUUUUGGGGAAUCCGGAGGCUAUUUGCAUCUUGUGGUUGGACGUAGGCCUGUUUAUUAUUUAAUAUUUCGGAUUUUUGAAAUGCUAGUUGAUCGUUCGGGCUGGUUCCCCAAGUACCGCAUUGAUCUGGAAGUUGAAAUGCUAAAGCUCAACAUUAUACCUCAUUAUGACGGUUAUGAUCUCCUUUGGUUCGCUUUUCACUCUGAUGAGGAUGGAGGAGAUUCAAUGGUUGCACUAAUUAAAUGUGGUCUAAAACUCGUUUACAAUUUCAAGGAUGAGGAAUUGAAAGUGUUGGUAGGGUGUCCCAAGGCUGAGAAAUAUCAACAUGAUUAUGAUAGAUUUCGGGGUUGUCCAUACUUUGAAACUCUCUCUUGUGUUUGA